GCCGCCGGGACGAUGGUCAAGUACUUCCUGGGCCACAGCGUGCUCCGCAGCUCCUGGGACCAAGUGUUCGCCGCCUUCUGGCUGCGCUACCCGAACCCCUACAGCAAGCAUGUGUUGACGGAAGACAUAGUGCACCGGGAGGUGACCCCCGAUCGGAAGCUCCUCUCCCGGAGACUCCUGACCAAGACCAACAGGAUGCCGCGCUGGGCCGAGCGGCUGUUCCCCGCCAACGUCGCGCACUCGGUGUACAUCCUGGAGGAUUCCAUCGUGGACCCGCAGAACCAGACCAUGACCACCUUCACCUGGAACAUCAACCACGCCCGGCUGAUGGUGGUGGAGGAACGAUGUGUUUACUGUGUCAACCCGGAUAACAGUGGGUGGACAGAAAUUCGCCGUGAGGCCUGGGUGUCGUCCAGCCUCUUUGGGGUUUCCAGAGCUGUCCAGGAAUUUGGUCUUGCCCGCUUCAAAAGUAACGUGACCAAGACCAUGAAGGGUUUUGAGUACAUUUUGGCCAAGCUACAAGGAGAGGCACCCUCUAAGACCCUGGUGGAGACAGCCAAGGAGGCAACGGAGAAAGCUACAGCCACGGCUCUGGCAGCUACAGAGAAAGCCAAGGACUUGGCAAGCAAAGCGGCCACGAAGCAGCAGCUGGUGUAACGCCAUGGUCCAAACUAUCCCAUGUACUUGGUCAUUAAAGUCAACUUCAGCCCUGUCUCCUUUCUGUGGGCUGGGCUGGGGGAGUCCUGGGUGGCACGGGCCAGCUCCCCUGCCCCAUACUCAUCCCCACCUCCAGAGGCAGGCAGACCAGCUGGACUGUGCGCCCCAUGAGGCCAGGGGUCUUCUGUCAUGUCCCUGUCGCUGGCACAUGACAGGCACUCAAUAAAUACUGUUGAAUCAA